AUGAGUUCAGUCCACUCUAUCCUACGGUUAGGUGUUGACGUAGGAGGAACAAAUACGUGCGUACCUGAUUUGAAUAUACACGACUCCGCGGACUCGAGAAACAUUUACCAGCGAUGCAGUCCUCCUCGAUCUGUUCUCGCAUCAGCAAAACAUCUCACUACAGCGGACGUCACUCUGGGAAUCCAAAACGCCAUUGAGUCCGUAUUGACACAGGCUCAGAGCAAGUUGAACAUUCAAGCGCUCUGUAUUGGCACGACACACUUUGUAAAUGCAUUGGUAGAAAGAGAUCCUCGGCGUUUGGAUAGAGUCGCGGUCAUUCGCCUGUGUGGCCCUUUUACGCAUGGAACGCCACCAUUCGUAGGCUUUCCGCACGAGCUGCGAGACCUACUCGAAGGUCCCCACUUCCUGCUCUCAGGGGGCCUGCAAAUUGACGGAAGUGAGAUUGCUUCUGUUGUCGUUGCGCAAGUCGAAUCCGCCUGCGACGAAAUCAAUCGCCAGGGCAUACACGCAGUUGUUGUGUCCUCGGUAUUCGCCCCCAUCGACUUUGAGAUCCGACAGGAGGAAGCAGUCGCAGCGAUCGUGCGGAAGCGCAUUCCGGGAAUGGACGUCGUAUGCUCUAAGGACGUUGCUGCCAUCGGACUGCUGGAGCGUGAAAACGCAUCUAUCUUGAAUGCUGCAUUAUUGCGAUACACAAAGAAGACGGUAAUAGGUUUCGAGAAGGCAGCUCAGGCCCUCGAGCUGAAGUGCUCCGUUUUCAUCACAAGCAAUGAUGGCACCUUGCUCAGCUGCGCACAGGCAGCACGUCUUCCUAUUCGAACUUUUUCGUCCGGCCCAACGAAUUCCAUGCGCGGCGCCGCAUUCUUGGCCGCACUGGAGUCGGGCAUCUCAAAGCAAUCCGCACUAGUAGUUGAUAUUGGCGGUACAACGACAGACAUCGGAAUGUUGUUACCUAGUGGAUUCCCUCGCCAAGCCGCCGCUCAUCACGAGUUCUGUGGGGUUUUGCUGAACUUCUCCAUGCCACAUGUUACCAGUAUUGGCCUUGGCGGGGGUUCUAUUGUCCGAAAGGACCCAGUCACAAAUAAGGUCACUGUUGGUCCUUAUUCCGUUGGCCAUCGGAUUACCUCUGAAUCUCUAGUGUUCGGUGGCUCUACACUGACCGCUACCGACGUGGUUGUUGCAGCAGGUCGCGCUUCAAACAUUGGAAACGAAAGUCUUGUUUCCGGAAUUGGGCAGUCGAUCAUCGAAGGCGCUCAAAGUGCUAUCAAGAAGAUGCUCCAGAACUACCUUGAUGCCAUGAAAACAUCUUCGCAAGAUAUCCCAGUCUACCUGGUCGGCGGAGGGUCUAUUCUUGCUCCAGAUGUUCUUGCGGGCAUCAGCCGAGUUCACAGAUUCCCUCACUUCGACGUCGCGAAUGCUGUUGGCGCUGCCAUUGCCCAGAUAUCAGGCAUCAUUGAUUCCUUCGAAGACACAUCCACAAGAACCAUCGUACAAGUUCGCACUGAUGUCGAAGCCAGGGCUAUCGCUCGAGCAAUUGCUUCCGGCGCAGAUCCGCACCGUGUCGCCAUAGUGGAGAGCGAGGUCAUUCCGAUCGCCUAUACAAGCGGUCGUUGCCGUUUUUAUGUCAAGGCCGCCGGAGACUGGAGUGGUAUCGCUAGUCCAAGUUGGCCAGAGGUUGAUGAUCCUCUGCGUGUUGAAGCUUCUACCGGGGAGACGGCCUCCCGGCCACAAAUGGUAGCAUCCACCGCCGCCUCUGCCGUUGUGGCGCCGGCCAUGCAUACUGCUAGCGACAUCCUGGAGUACGAGCCAAGGAUAAAAAGAAGAGAAUGGCUCCUGUCCGAGGUUGAUCUGGAGUGGAUUGCAGAUGGCUGCUAUGUAUUGGGAUGCGGCGGUGGCGGGUCCCCCUUACAUACUUUCCUGGAACUGAGAGAACUCGUACGGUCAGGUGAAACAGUACGGGUGAUUGACUUUUCGUCAGUUACGUCCAAUGCACUAGUUGGAUGGGGUGGGGGCAUGGGUAGCCCAGAAGUGUCCUCUGAGAGACUACUUGGCAACGAGUCAGUGUUUUCACUGAAUGAAAGAAAGAUUGCGAAACCAGAAGCGCUUUGCGGAUUAGAGAUUGGGGGUGCGAACGGUAUGAUCAACAUGAUUCUGGGAUCGACGAAAUACGCCAAUAUACCCUGUAUAGAUGGGGACUUUAUGGGCCGUGCAUACCCUACCUGGCAUCAAACCACGGCUAAUGUCUACGACGUCAGUGGCACGGGAGCCAAGAUGCUCCCGAGCGUCAUGUCCAGUGGAGAUGGGAAUGUCAUGAUUAUGACAAAGGCCAAACGUGACAUUGAUAUUGAUGCCUCUUUACGAGCGGCAUGCGUUGAAAUGGGGACACACGUGGGACUGGCCAGCCGCCCUCUGAAAGCUGAUUAUGUGGAUAAUGCCAUGAUUAAGAACACAGUGUCAUUGAGCUGGCGCAUUGGACGAGCUAUUGCACUUGCUCGCAAACAAUCAAGUUUGUCUCGGAUUGGAUCAAUUCUUGUUGACGCCGUAGGUGGCUCCAACUCCGCGAGAGUGUUGUUCAUGGGCAAGAUCACCGAUGUGGGAAGGCGUCUCUACAAAGGUCAUACGAUUGGAGAAGUUGUCAUCACCGCGCUGACUGUAGAUGACGAUCUUGAUGAUGACGACCCUGAUCGUCCCAUGGAGCGCUUCACCGGAACACUCACCAUUCCAUUCAAGAACGAGAAUCUGUAUGCAGAACAUACCACGGAUGACGCCAUAACCACUAUGGUCGCAACUGUUCCUGAUCUAAUCUCCGUGCUCGAUGCUCAAAAUGGGUCUGCUCUCGGCACGCCUCAAUACAAAUAUGGGUUGCGGGUUCUCGUGCUCGGGAUCACCGCGGCUCCCCAGUGGACCGGUUCUGAACGUGGCAUUGCUCUCGGAGGCCCGAGUGCGUUUGGAUUCACACAUAUUCCGUACAAGCCACUGGGCAAGUACACGCAGCCUCGGUCUGUGAUCGAAGAGUACGCCCAUAAUAGUUGA